GGACCCAGAGAGAGCGAAGCGAGAUGGCCAGCAGGGCGGUGUCAGGGCUUCUGCUGUGUGGGGUUGCUGUGGUCUUCCUGGUGCUGCUGCAGGGCACACAGUCCGUCUACAUCCAGUACCAAGACUUCCAGGUUCAGCUGGAAUCGGUGAAGUUGCUGAAUGACCUGGAGGGGCAAUGGGUGCGCAGCCCCCGUCUGCAAGCCCAGAGCCCCCAGUCCUCCUUGUGCCACCACCCGGCCCUGCCGCUGGACCUCCAGCCCAUCUGCGCCUCUGAGGAAGCGAGCAGCAUCUUCCAGGCCCUGCGGACCAUCGCUAACGACAACUGUGAGCUGUGUGUGAACGUUGCCUGUACUGGCUGCAGCUGAGAUGGCCCGGGUGCCCUGAGCCCACCCUGGACACCAUGCCCCUCAGCCC